ACAGUCUAACCCCUUUUAUUGCCGAGUCAUUUGCUCUCUCUCUCUCUCUGAGACGACUAUAUCUUUUCUUGAUCUCUCUCUAAUGGCGAAAGCAGCAGGAGGAGGAGGAGGAGGUGGACUCUCCUUUGAUUCAGAUCCAUUUCCGGUGUCUUUCCUUCGCCAUCACCACCCCACUGUCUUCAACUCCUUCCCGGAUUCGACACCAUCGUCGUCGUCUUCUCCCUCGGACCUCGCCACUGCCACCAACAACCGCCUUAAUUACUCCGUUAAACCAAUAACGUCCCGCAGCCUCUCCUCGAUGGACCACCGCCACCACCAGUUCCCCAUGAGCCUCAGCUCCUCCUGCGCCCAUGAGGACGACGACUCUCCUGCCCCGUCCGAUCAGAAAGGUGUCAUCGGCAACAAGGUCAUCGACGAGAUGGACUUCUUUGCUAUCAGUAACACCACCAGAGCCAGCCACGACGGUCAUCAUCACCAGCCCGAUCACCACGGCAUCUCACACGGCGGGGACGAUGACCGUGAAAGGACAUCGGACAUCCGAUCACCAGCCCGGAUAGAGCUCAACGUGAAUACUGGUCUGAAUCUCCUGACAGUAAAUUCGAGCAGCGAUCAGUCUACGGUUGAUGACGGGAUUUCUCCUAACGCCGAAGAUAAAAGAGCUCGGAGCGAGUUGGCAGUGCUUCAAGCUGAGGUUGAGAGGAUGAGCGCAGAGAACCAAAGGUUGAGGAACAUGCUAAGCCAGGUGACGAGCAAUUACAAUUCUCUCCAGGUGCAUCUAUCCACGCUUAUGAAAGAGCAGAAGGCCAAGAACGGUUCCGAGCCAGACCCGAAUGAGAAGAGACAUGACACCCUCAACGGCCGGCCUGUGGUGCCAAGGCAGUUCAUGGAUCUUGGUCUUGCAUCCACGGAGGAUCCUAACACGGAUGAUCAUUCCCCGACCUCAUCAGAAGAGCGGAGCGCCGACCGAUCUGGAUCUCCGGUGAAUAACUCUGAGGUGGCAUCAAGGGGUGUUUCAAUGGAUCAAGAUAGGAGCAAUAAGGAGUACGGUAAGAGAAGUAGAAGAGAGGUUAGUCCCAAUCAGCACGUAUCAACCCGAGGGUGGAGCCCAAACAAAGUUCAAAGGUUCAGUCCACCAAAGAAUAGUAAUGUUGACCAGACGGAGGCUACGAUGAGGAAGGCUCGGGUUUCAGUCCGAGCUCGAUCCGAGGCAGCAAUGGUAACGGAUGGAUGCCAAUGGAGAAAGUAUGGACAGAAGAUGGCGAAAGGAAACCCGUGUCCUCGAGCUUACUAUCGAUGCACCAUGGCUGCGGGCUGCCCCGUUAGGAAACAGGUACAAAGAUGUGCAGAGGAUCGUACGAUACUUAUAACUACGUAUGAGGGUAACCACAACCAUCCAUUGCCACCGGCAGCAAUGGCAAUGGCAUCAACGACCUCAUCAGCAGCUAGGAUGUUGCUAUCCGGUUCGAUGUCCAGCUCUGACGGCUUGAUGAACACAAACUUCCUUACAAGGACACUCCUGCCCUGCUCUUCGAGCAUGGCAACUAUCUCCGCCUCAGCCCCAUUCCCGACUGUCACCCUCGACCUAACUCAAAAUCCGAACUCAAGCUCCCUCUUGCAAUCCCCGCCAAGCCAACUGCAAGUGCCCUUCCUUAACCCUACUCAAAACUUCCCCAGCUCUUCCGCUGCAUUGUUGCCCCAGAUCUUUGGACAGGCCUUAUACAACCAGUCAAAGUUCUCCGGGCUUCAAACGUCUCAGGAUGUAAAAGCAGCUCAAUCGUCGGACCACCAGGGGAUCAACGACACCCUAACGGCUGCCCUGACAUCCGACCCGAACUUCACCGCCGCCUUAGCUGCCGCCAUCUCAUCCCUCAUUGGUGGCAGCUCGUCUCACGCCGGCAACAGCACUAGUAACAGCAUCCCAGGCCACGCGCCUUCCGGCAACAGCAUACCGAGCGGCAACAAUAAGAUCAGCAAUAACUCCAGCAACUAAUAAGGGACGGCUUCUUUAAUUUUCUAAUUUUUUCCCUUUUUAAUUAUUAUAAGUAAUAGAAUAGAGAAUAAUAGUUAAUUAUUCUUUUCUUCGGUUUUUUCCAUUAGAGGGGAUUAAAAAUUUAAGUCAUGGGAUUAUAUAUAUAUAUAUAUAUAUAUUUCUUGUUAGAAUAAUAUUCGUGCAUUAUUGCAUGUGAAUACAAAUAAAAAAAGAGAAAAAAGAAAGGGUGCGAAAAGUAUAGAUGAAAUCGAGAGAGAUUGAGUUCGUUGUUUCUUUUGUUUCCAUUGUUUUGUAUGUAUACGGAAAAAUUAAUGCAAGGGGUUGGUUUAAUUUCAUGUCA